GUCAGACAUGCCUACUCAGUUGUAGCGUCGUUAAUUUCCACUCGUCUCUUGUUUAUAUUUUUACUAAAAAAAACGGAACGUUUAUGGAGACGUGAGGGGACAGCACGAGCACAGGAACAUCAUAAAAUACGUUUUCCCGUUUUUAAGGUAGGUCACAUGACCUGGUACCUGCUCGUUGGUCAUCGUCCAGUUUUAGAGAGAUGUCAUCGGUUUGGCAGCAGGAGCUGUCACCUUAUUCCCCCUGUGUGGAGAUCGACUCCAGCUCUGUCAGGAGCAAAGAAAGGCAGAGCGCCCCUAUGUGGCUGAAGCAGGAGCAAGAUGACCUCCGUGUCAUUAAGUGGGAGAACUUUCAAACAGGAUCCACCACAGAUGUGGUUCAGGACAACACCCCCAGCAGUGCCAUGUCAGCUGCCUCACACACAGAGAGUCUUCCUCCGAGAGUCCUGCUGACCAUCACCAGGCUGCAGUGCAUGCUGGAGAGCAAACAGGAACGCAUCAUCGCACUGGAGAGGCAGGUGGAGGACCUGAUGCAGGACCGCAAGUUCCUGAGAAGCCAGAUUGAGAACCUCACAAGCAAUCGCUCUGUGGCAAAUUUUGCGUCACCCACUCCAGUGACUGAAGCUCCUAAACCAAGCAGGAUGCAGCAGUCUGAAAACAAAUCUCGAAAGAGAGAGCGGGCCUCAUCGAGCUCCUCUGCGAGCAGUGACAGUGGUUCAGAAGCUUCCGACUCCUCAGAAGUUUCAGCCGCCUCGAGUGAACAGAAAAGGAAAAAACAUCACAAGGACAAGAAAAAAGGAAAGAAAGGGAAAGACUACAGCAGGAAGAGAGCUACUGGCGUCCAGUAUGUCAUCCACCGAUAUAAACAAGUGCUGUCUGCCUUCAUCAAGAAGAAAAGCAUGAGUGAAGCCUUUCGCCACCUUGGAAUUGACCGCAACACCAUUGCCAACACGGCUUCAAUCGCAGAGCUCCAUCUUGCUGGCGAAGAUAUGAUCCCCUUGGUGGGCAUGUUUCGCCAAGGAGAAGAGACUCUGGUCAGCUACGCCCAACGAUGCACCAUGAUCAUUGACAGCGAUGCCGCACUGGCCAGGAGAAUAGACCAGAUGAAAGCCAACGGCGAACUCCUGCCCAUCUCAGGGAAACGACCCAGGGUGAUGCAUUCUCACAUGCAGUCACUUGGUGGCACUACAGAAAGCAUUUUAAUUGGUUGAUGGAGACAAGGUAGUGAGUUUGAGGAUGGGACAUAGUACUUUCGCAAAAUAAAGUCCCUUUGUUUGGACUCUAAU